AACAGAGGUCAGUGAGAGUGAAUAAAUUAAGACUGGCCUUUUGAUGGUUGCAUCUUCACCUACCUAAAUAUGGAUUAUAUUGCAUCCACCAUCUCAUUCGACCAAAUCGAUGAGCUAUUCCAGUUCUCCUCCUUGCCCUACCACGAACGCCAAGUCGAUGAGCUUGAGGGAAUCAUGUUCGCUCCUUUGCCACCCAGCCGGAACGUUCUUGCCACUGCAGACCUCCAAGGCAGCCCGACACCAGUUGACCCCCUAUCCACCCCUCAGGGGGCCGCCUCUGUGGAGGGAGACCCCAUUGAGAACAGCAAGAAGAGAAAGAUAAUCCACAGGGACGUCGAGAGGCAAAGGCGGCAGGAAAUGGCCUCUCUCUACCGGUCCCUUCGAUCCCAUCUCCCACUCGAAUUACUCAAGGGGAAGAGAUCCACAUCCGAUCACGUUCAUCAGGCAGUUGGCUACAUUAAGAAUCUUCAGAACAAGAUACAAGAACUGAGCCGCAAGAGAGAUGAGCUCAAGAGAGCACCACAAUUGAAUAAGACCGAUGAUCCUAAGACCUUUAAAGGACUUCCGCGAACUCGUCGUCAAGUCAUUCUGAGCAUCAAACCUUGCAUUGGAGGAGAAGAAAUUAUCAUAAGUACAGAUUCGAGACACGGUGUUGCCCUCUCGAAGGUGCUCGGUUUCUUGACUCUAGAAGGGAUGAACGUAACUAGCUGCACAUCGGUUAAAGUAAAUGGCAGGCUACUUCACUCUGUCAAGUCCGAGGUUAUUCGUGAUGACGGGAACCACACAACUAACCCCUCUCAGUUGAAGCAGAAGUUGAUGAACUUAUUGCACUAGCUUUAUAACAUUUUCUUCAUUUGGCAAUGGUUCUCUAAUUUUACCGACCAUUGGUGUCAACGAUCAUGUUGCACUUCACAUGGCACAUUUUAGCUGCAUUUUUGUAUAUAAUUAAUUAUCGGCAAUUCCUGGACCGAGUUGCAUUUCUACUGUCCUACGCAACUCUUCCAAACGAUUCAGAAUUGCUUUAAUUAUGAGAUAGAAGUUGUAGCCGUACAUUAGGUUGUCCCAACGAACUUCAGAGUCCUUCUAUAUAUGCCAUUCCAACUCAUUUACAGUUGUCUAUAUGCAAUAUCUAUGGAGAGGAACUUUUUUUUCGGUGGUAUAUAUGGAGGGGAAUUAAAUUCUGAUCA